CAAUCAGGUGCCGAGGCUCCAUAUUGAACCAUUGUUUUGGUUUAAGACUGUGAAAUCGCCAUCGUUUUGUUUUAUUUUUGUUUUGUUUUGACCACAAAAAUAACACCAAAACGAUAGAAUUCCACCUCCAGUUUUAUAUACUCGAAACCAUGAAGUUAUCGGACAUCAAGAAGCUUAAAGUGGCCGAGCUGCGGUCGAGGCUUAACCAAGCCGGUUUGGACAGCCGGGGGCUGAAGGUAGAACUUGUGGAGCGUUUAUGGUCUUUACUGGAUAACAACGGUGGUCAAAGAGGGAACAUACACGAACAGGACGUUCAACGACAAGGUAUCACAAAGACCCCGGAAACAGUGGUGGCCUCCGCCUCCUCCUCCCUACUUUUGUCCACUUCCCACGCAGAGCCAGCCAGUGCCACGCUGCCAUGUGCACCGGCGGACCGGACCCAAGACUUCUCCGACUCCUCCACACAGACAGAAUCUGAAGGCAUCCCGAGGUGUCCGUUACCCAAUGUUGAUGACUGUCAAGCCGAGAAAAUUGACCUGGAACCGGCAGAGGAGGUGCGAGGGCGAGCGUUUUACGAGUUUAAAGAGGAGAUACGAUAUAAAAGAGCCAAACUACCACAAGGUCCUUUGGAGGAAGAUGAGGCAAAAGAGGAAGAUGAAGAUACACUCAAAUUGCAUUCAUACGACAGUCAUCUGCACUUUCAAGUGGGCCCUGACGGCGCCUGCGGUCAGCCACGAUUCUGGGACAGAUUUCCUCUCCUGUGGUCUGGAUGCAGGCUCUCCCACGGUGUGUCGCAAGGCAGGGUGGGCUUCGAGGUGAGGCUUGAAAGGAGGUUAUUGAGCUCUCAGUCGGAUGGCUCGGAGAGCGACCAGGCCUACGGGAUCCGAAUAGGCUGGUCCUUGGUCCAGACAUCCCUACUGCUGGGUGAGGAUGCGCUUUCUUUCGCUUAUGAUGGACGUGCGAGAAAAGUGACAUGCGGGAGAGAAGAAGAGUUUGGAGAGCCGUUUUGUGAAGGUGACAUCAUCGGCUGUUAUGCUUCUUUCUCCACGGAUGGCGGCGUUCAACUCUCCUUCCACAAGAAUGGCCGUUUUCUGGGUGUGGCUUUUUCCCUGGAAGCCUCCGAGCUUGGAGGCCGUGCUCUGUUCCCUCAUGUAAUCUGUAAGAGCUGUGCGGUUCGCUUCCUUUUGGACCCCACGGCUCCCCCCUGGUAUCCCGUUCCUCCGGGCUUCACUACACUGGCGGCACUCCCCGCCAUGCUGAGGCAUCGCCAUGCAUCUGCGCCGAGCUCCAGAGCACAGAGUGAGGUAUUAUUGAUGGUGGGUCUCCCUGGUUCCGGCAAGAGUCACUGGGCCAGAGCUCACAUUCAGCAGCACCCAGAAAAAAACUACAAGCUGCUGGGCACGGAGGAGCUUCUCUCGUGCAUGAUGAGCGGGGGUGCAAGGGAGCGCCGGCUACAGCAGGCAGCCCAGUGUCUGACCGAGUUAAUCAAAAUGGCCGCUCACACGCCAGGCAACUACAUCCUUGACCAGUGGAACACUCUCUUCUCUGCGCAGCGUUACAAGUUCCAGCUGUUCUCUGGCUUUGGACGGCGUGCAGCAGUGGUGCUUUUCCCCUCGGCGGAUGAGUGGAAAAGACGACUGUCGGAGCGCCAAAAAGAUGGCGAGAACAUUCCCGAGACCGCUCUGCUCAAACUCCAAGUCAGCUGCAGUCUUCCCGAGCAGCUUGGCGACAUCUUGGACGAAUUACACUAUGUGGAGCUGGAGCGAGAUGUGGCACAGACGUUGCUGCAGGAGUAUAAAGAUGAGGCCCGACGGUUGCUGCCUCCUGUUACCAAACCUGAGAAACCGAAGAAGUAUUUGCUGAAGAAAAGACCGCACGAGCAUGGGCCUCCUCAUUCACCUCACUGGAUUAGGGGAAGUGGAAUGAAAAGCUGGAAUAACAUGCAGUGCUGGGGCCAGCAUUGGACUGUGCCUUAUCAUGACCACGCCCUGUACUACGCCAGUGGCUAUGAGGGCUACUGAUGAACCAGAUAUGGAAAGGAAAGUGCCAGUCACAAUCAGCCAGUCAGACUGGAUCAGCGUUGAAAUAUUUCAGGACAAAACUGUCAUUUUUCUAAAGUAUUCAUUGGGUUUUUACUUGCACAAUGUGGAUUCAAAGCUUGAAUGCUCCUAAUAAGAUUUUAUCAAAUCACAACUGUUCAGGCUUCACUGUCUGGAAAAGCAGCACAGCUCCCUUAGCGGAGGGACACAUCUCCUGCCACAAAGGGCUGCUUCCGUCCAGCCGCAACGUCUCCUGUUUGGAAUAUGUAAACGUAGUCAAUAUGGUUUUUGGUGCAGCUUUAAAAAAAAAUAAUUUCUCACCGCUCGGCUGAGGAACACGAUGUCUGUGGACUCGUUGGCCUCUGCUCCUCCCUUCCAGUAUAACUCUCGGAUUUUGUCGGAUGACAGCGAACAACUCAGGACACAAAGACAAACGUGAAACUUUUAUUCUGCCUGAUCUGGGGACAAAAUGCUUGAGAGGACAGAGAAGACUGGGAUGGUGGACAUUCUCUACCUCUGACUAGAAAAUUUUGCAACGCCGCUUAAAAAUCUGAUGUUACACAACAACAUGGGAAAAUCUGCUGUACUAACCUGAACAUUUAUUUUUCAUACAAAAUUAAGGUGUGCCUUAUGUCACUUGUCAAGACAGUGCACCGACUUUGUUGAAUGCACUCAGCUCACACCAGCCAAGAAAACAAAUAAUUCAAAUGAAUUGAAUUACUGGGAACCUGGUUAUGAUUCCCAUCCCUAUACACUGCUGUUAAAAAGUCGCCUAUUUUCCAGAACAAAAAGUCUUAAUGUUACACAACCAAAUUGAGACUUGUUUUUUGAGAAAACAUGCUUAUACAGUGAUCCCUCACUUAUUGCGGUUAAUGCAGCCCGGGACCCUGCCGCAAUAAGUUAAAACCCGCAAAGGAGGGUUGGCUCCCCACCUAGGAAUUUUUCUGUAAGUGUACGUGGGUAGCAGCGAUUAUACUUUACAUAUGUGAGACAAAGACUACAGCAGUACAAGAGACUUGAAGAGAUGUGUUGGUGGCGUAGCUCUCCUUUUAAGCGCUGACAGUGUAGCCGCCGUUAGCCUCCAGCCAGCUCCAGGCCAGCUAUCCCCAUGCAGCCAAUGUGUUUAUGAUAAGACAAUUCAUCGGUAUUGAGGAGAGGCAGGCGAACGAGAGUUAACCGCGUGAGGAGACACUGAGCAGUCAAUUAGCGAAAAUGCGCAGACAAUUAGCUCACGGGAUAAAUCCACUCGUACUGUCAUUGGUCGAUGUCGUGCCGGGAACCAAUCAUGCGUACAGGCAUGUACAAAACCUCUGAGGCCUUUGGCAUUUUUUUAUGAAUACAGUAUCGGUACUUUGGGGGAAAAUGUGAUGUACUGAAGCCGCAAUAAAUGAAGCGUGAUACAGCGAGGGAUCACUGUAUAUAUAAAUAGGGUUGUGGUUCCCUUCUCCCCCCCCUCCAAUAAUAAAAUGUGUCAUCUGUACAACAACAACGAACCUGAAAAAGACAUCAUCUUACACGAAUAAUUUAUUUUCCUACAUUUCCACGAGUUGGAAUAUCAUGAACACGCUCCCACAGACUUGUCCUGGACAGACAUUUCCGACAGCCUGGUUUUCUGUAAUCUGGCAAAAAAAUCAUCCUCAAAUGAGAGUAUACCUGAUGUAGAACUCAGCACUUGGUCUUCCGGCACUCGUGUGAUUCAAGAUCAUGCCCAUCAGCAGUGGUUCUCCAAGAGAACACAAAGGAAUGUUAACCUGCUGGCAAAUGCUUAUUAGUAAAAAUCAAGAGAACAUAAAAGGAAAGAGAAAUAAGUCUGUAUCAAUAACAUCUCCCACCAGAUUUCUCGUUUUAAAUAGUUUUCACUUAAAUUCACAGAAAAAGCAAAUGACAGUGAUAUUAUUCAAAGGCACGCCCCCAUAAUUCUGGAAUUUACUUUCGUUCUGAUACCACCCCACCCAUCCCAACUUUCAUGCCAGCAUUCACUAGAACCAGUUUACACAGAAAUAAUAUAAAUGUUUUUUAUUCCACCGUAAUGUGAAAAUAAGUGCCUCCUAUUUCGUCCAAAUGUGUGGAAGGGUAAUACUUCAUACACUUAUUCAAAAAAAUGACAGGCAAAUAAACAGGCAGUCCAAGUUUA